AUGGAUAAAGAAUAAGUAAUACCUACUCUACAACAAUAAGAGAGAGAGUUAGAGAAGAAACGAAUAGGAAAAGGCUUAGAAGAACAUUUCAAAUUGUUUAAUGAUCUUUUGAAAUUAAAAUAAGCUUCAUACACAAAGGCGAUUAUAAUGCUAAUUGUUGCUUUUAUUCAUCAUAUUACGAGUUAAAUUCGAUAGUACCUUAAUCUGUAUAUUCAGAUAUAAAAACGUGAUAAAUCUCCACUAUUCAUCAGAGUCUACUAUUCUUGAUCAAAUAAUAGAAUCCGGUACCUACUUUGACAUUCAAGGUUUACUUAGACAAGACAUUACAAUCAAUUAUAUAAUGGUCUCAGUAUUUUUACUAACAACAAUUGGUAAUACCUUACUUUAUUUAAUUCUUUAUGUAUUACAAUCAGAUGACUUCAGAGUUAGAAAAAAGUUUAUAGGAAAAGUAAUUAUAUUUUACUAUCAUAGAAAUUUGUGUAAUUAUCAGAAUGGUAUAUAUGGAUAUUCCAUUAUCCAGCUUUGGUUGUCUUCUUUGAAAAUAUAAUUUGUGGUCCUUCUAUGGAUUGUUCAUUAACUUUAGAAAGAAAAGUUUUAAUUGUUAUUUCAAUAUUAGGGUAAUACACAACAUUUUAUAUUAGAGUAAUUUUUGGAGUUUUCAAUAUAUUUUUCUUAAGUGUGUUUUUUCAUAAUGAUAGCAGUUAGAAAAAGGAUUGUUUAAAUACAGAAAAUUCUAUCUAUUUAGCAAUGUUUCAUUUAUUUAGAGCUUUCUAAGCUUUCUUAAUUUGUUUUAAGUAACAAAUUUAUUAUCUUUUAGUUCAAAUGAAUAUUCUUAUCUUUGGAUUAUGAUGAUUUGUAUUUUUUUAGGAUAUUCUUUCUUUCUUUUAAAUUGCUUAUUCUAUAGUGGAUAUAUGGCUUUUGCUACAUCUAUUAUACGUAAUACUUUUAUGAUUUUAUUAAUUAUUAUGGUUUCAUCUAGCUUUUCUAUGAUGAUUGAUGAACUUUGUCGUUUUAAUACACUUGAAUAAUAAUUUGAAAAUUUUAGUUUAUUUUUUACUUUGUCAUUCCUUUUUUUAGUUUGUUGCUUUAUUUAUAAUUUAAGAAAUUCUAAUUAUGAAGAUAUCAAUUAUGAAAAGGCAAGUGAUACUGAUUUUGCUAGACAAGUUUUCAUUGUAAAUUCACUACUAGAAGUUACUAAUUAAGAUAUUAAUGUUGAUUUAUUUUUUAAAGGUAUCUUGUAAAGACAUAUGGAAUAAGAAUGCAAACAUACAAUUAUAUAAGGUGAAGGAAGAUGUUUUUGUAAAAAAAAAAAGACUUAUGAUUCUAAAAAAAGAAAAGAAGUUAUGCUUGAUGAUUGGCUAAUUCAUAAGAAUAUCUAUGUUAAAUUUUUAAUCAAAUCAUGGAUUGAAACUAAACUUAUGGAUAACCCUAAUUCUAUUGAAUUACAAUUACUUUAUGCUCGUUAUAUGUUCUUUAAAUUUCAAAAUCAUUAAAUUUCAUUACAUAUUUUAAAUAGUUUAGAAAAACGAUUUCUAUUUAUUAUUAAUAGAUAUAAAGCUUAUUAAUUAAAAAUGAAAAUUAUGAGAUAUGUAAAACAUCGGAAUUAAGAAAGUUAUAGAGAAAAAUUAGAAAUCUAAAAUGCUUUACAUAUUGAAGAUUUGAUUGAAACUAUUAAAUAGAAUAUUAAUAAUAUUAUGAUAUAAAAUUGUUCAUUUUGGAAAUGUUUAUAGAAAGAAGUAAUAGAUUUGAAAGAAUUGGAUGAUAUGCUUAAAAGCUAAUUUGAGAAAAUUGAAUAAACUAAUAAUUUAUGGGUUUAGAUAUAAAAUUAUUUAGACUUCAAAAAAAAAUGGAAAUUUUAUUAUGCAUGGUUUACUCUUUAUAUUCAAAAUAAGAAAUUAAAAAAUAAAAUAUUAGAUAAUUUUUAAGGAUUAUCAGUGAAUGAGAAUGACAUAUUUUCAGAAGAAGUUUAAGAAAAUAAUUUAGAAGAAGAUAUAGCAAGUGUAAAAUCAGAUUAAGAAUUAAAAAUAGAUAUGGAAAAAAUAGAUAUAAAAAGCAAGAAAAUAAUUUUUGAUAAAAAAGCUUGCAUAAUAUAAACUACUGAUGAUCCUGAUUCUUUAAUUAUAAAAGUAAAUAAAUAGUUUACAAAAAUCUUUGGUUAUACUUAUGAAGAAGUUGCUAAUAAAUUUUAAAUAGCAUAAUUAAUGCCUGAUAUAUAUUCAAAAGUACAUCCAUCAUUAUUAAAUGAUUAUAAAUUAACAGGAAAGGCUAAUUCACUAUAUUCAUAAAGAAAAGUAUAUUGUAUUCAUAAGAGUGGAUAUAUGUUUACAGCAUAAAAGUUUCUUAAAUUAUAUGUAGAUUUAAAUGGAUAAUCACAAUUUGUGGUUAUGAUUAGACCAACUGAUUUAAAUAAUGAAAAGAAACAUGAUGUAAUAAUAUUAAAUUAAGAUUGGGAAAUUAAUGGAAUGACAUAAAAUGUAAUCUAAUCAUUAUAAAUUGAUUAGUCAUUAUUUUAAAAAUAAAAAUUAUAAACCUUAAUAAAUAUUUUAUUAUUUGCACCCAAAUUAAUAUAAUUUAGUAGAGCAUGUUAAUUAAUUAAUGAAGAAACAGAUUUAGAAUUAUUUGGAAUGUAAAAACUUAAAAAGAAAAAAGAAGAACCUUUACUUAAAUCAACAAAACAUUUUAAUAAUUUACCUGGAUAAAUUAAAAUUUAAGUAAAUAUGACAAAUUCAGGUUCAAAUAAUUUGAUACCUGGUAAAAGUGGAAAGGCAUUAUCAUCUGAUGUUGAUUUAUCAUCAAAUUAUUUAUAAAUGUAAUCUUUAGAUGUACCAGAUGAUAAACAAUUUUUAUAAUAAGCUAGUAGUGUUAGUGAUAAAAAUGAAGUUUAAGAUUUUAAACAUUAAAUUGAUUAAUAUUCUGAAAUGUAAAAAGAUAUAAAUGAAUAAUAAAAUAAAAAAGUUGAUGAAUAAAUUAAAAAAAUGUAUGAAACAUAAUUUUAGAAUAAUUAUAAAAGAAUUUAAACUAAAUUUGAUAAUAAUGCUGCACAUUCAGGAGAUAUAAGUGAUGAUAAUAUAAGUAGAGAUGAAAUUGUUAAAUAGAAAGGAUAAUUUGUUUUAGAUGGUAAAGUAAAUAAUGGAGAGCCAAUUUCAUUUCAUAUGAAAUUAUCAGAUAAAUUUUUAGCUGCUUGUAAACAUUAUACAGAUUCUAAAUAUAAAUUAUAUUAAAUCAAGAAAUAAUAAGAUGAUGUAAUUUUAUUAAAUAUUUAAGCAUGUUAAAUUAGAAGAAAAAUAAGAUAAAGAAAAAGAAAAAGUCAAAACAAAAGUUAAUGAUAAGAAAUUAUUUUUUAAAUAAGGAACUUAAUAAAGAGAAUUUAAGAAAAAAGCAAGAUUAAUGUUUUAAAAAGCAGCUGAAAGAAGAAAAAAUGAUGAAGAUAAAGGUUAUUAUGAUUUGAUAAAGGAAAUUUAUUAAGAUAUUUUAAAAGAUUAGUAGAAAGUCAAAUCAUUUAAAAUUAUUUGCACUAUUUCAUUUUAUAAAAUUAGAGAUGAACGUAUAGGAAUAAUGAAAGUUUCAAAUAUUUCAGAAAUACUUAAAAAUAAAAUUAGAUAAAAUGUUCGUAAAUAAUCUUAUAUGAUGUUACAUAAAGGUCUUUCUAGAGGUAUUUGUUAUUAAUAUAAUAAUUUAGAAAUGUCAAGACUUAAGAGUAUAUAAAAUAAUGAUGGUGCAAAAUAUUUAACAAUGACUAGUGAUGGAGAAAGUAAAAUAAUUUCACCUCUUCAACCAUAAACUUCUCCAAAUAAUUCAAAAAAUUAAAUUAAAACAGCCACAAAAUCAAAUGGAUUGGGAUAUUAAUUAUAAAAAGAAGAUAAUUUAGAAGAUUUAGAAGAAAAAGAUGCUCUUGUAGAUUUUAAAGGUCAACCAAAAAUGAUCAAUUGGGAAACCUUUUAAAAUUAAUUUAAGAUGCAAUAAGGUACUUAAAGUUUCUCUUUAAAUGUUCUUGAUAACAUUUUUAGAAAAGAAGAUAAUAAUAAACCAAGAAAAUUACUUGUCAAAAUUUCAUAUUUAACUUGGUUUCUACGUUUUAUGUAUGUAACUAUUUUAACAUUGAAUUUAAUAACAUACUUUCUAAAACCUUAUUCGGUAUAUUAAAAAUUUAUUAUAGGACUUUUUACCAAUUAAAACUUAAUCUGCACGUAUCUUACAAUUAUCCCAAAUGUAAACCUAUAUAUUUGAAGCCUAUGACACAAUUAUGGAUUUACUAUUAUACAAAAAUGCCAAUUUUUCUAAUUUAUUAGUUAAAGGAAUUGCUCUUAAUUCUUAAGAACAAUUUUUUAAUUAUUAAACCUAAUAAAUAGACCAAGGAUAUGAAUUUUUUAAAUUAUAAAUUAGAGAUCUUAAUUUAUAAGAAACAUUUUUGGAUGAAUCUAUUUUUUACAGUAAUUCAAUGAUUGAUGAGACUAUUGCUUAAAAUUUAAAUGUUCCUAUCACAUUAGAUUAUAAAGAUAUUUUUACAAAAGUAAUACUAAUUGAACAUUAAGUAUCCAUUUUAUCUUCUGAUGAAUUAAUAUAACUUAAUGAAUCAAAUUCUUUGGUGAAAUUUAUUAGAAAUGUUACUCUUCCUACAUUAUAUUUAUAAUUUAAUACUGCUGUCAUGAUUUUGGAAGAUAUUCUAAGUGAUAAGGCAAGUUCAAUGUCAGAUUUUGUGAUAAUUAUUUUAAUUUUGGAAUCUUGUAUAUUUAUUAUUGGAUUUUUUGGUUUAUUACUAAUCAUUUUAUGGAUUUGUUAAACUUUCAAAGCAGUAUUAAAAAUGUUUAUAAUGAUUAAAAAAAAUGAUCUAAAUAAAAUUGUCAAAUAAUAAUAGUUUGUUUAAACUUAAUUUUAAUAUAUAUUGAAUAAAGAUGAUGAAAUAUCUGGAAUACUCUAAUAAAAUGAUAAAAAAUUACAAAUUACAACUAAAACUAAUUUUUAAUAAUAAUAAAAUUUCCUUCUUAUUAAUGAAGUUGAAGACUAAAACUUAACUAAAAGAAAAGAUAAGUAGAUUUUUGAAAAGCAAUUACUAAAAAAAUUAACCAUUAAAAUGUCAUUAAUCUAUAUAUUAUAUGUUCUAUUUUCAUCUUCUGCUUCUUUAGUAUUUUUUUUAACAUUAAGUAAUUCCUCUUAAUAAAUAACUCUUUUAAUUAGUACUGGUUCAGAUUCUAUUUAAGAUUUCAGUGAUAGUUAAUUAUUAUUGGUUUCAGUCAAAGAAAAAUAUUUUAAUCCUAAUCUAUAUAAUUCAAAUCGCUUAGAAUAAAUAUAAACUAUUCUAGAAGAACAAAUUGCAGAUAUCAAAAGCACUCCUUCUAUUGAAAAUCCAAAUUAUGGUACAUAUUAUACAAGUUUUCAAUCUAUAUAUUUUGGUAAUUUAUGCACAUAUCUUGCUGAAAAUUCUUAUUUGGAAACUGAUGCUGCUGAAGAUUGUUAAACUGUUUUGAAUGGAAAAUUAAAAUAAGGAGUUGUAGCAUUUAAUUAGUUGUAUUCUUCUGUCACUGAAGGUAUUUAUCUUAAUUAUAUUAAGAUUAUGUCUUGAAUAAAGAAACUCGAUUUGGUUAGAUUAAUUUGGAAACUAUUUGGUAAUACAAUAUUGCUAUAGAUUAUAUCAAAUCAGCCUUCAAAGCUUUACUAACUUCUUGGUCAAAAGAUUUAGGGAAUCUAAUUGACCAAUAUUUUACCCUUAUACUUGUAUUGCUUAUUGUCAUGGUUGUUUUUUAACUUCUAGUAUUUAUUACCAUAGCAGAAAUGUACUUAGUAAAUUAAUUGAACAAAUCUUUUCAGUUCUAUAGAAAAAUAUACAAGUCUUAUAUGCCCAAUGAUAUCAUAUAAAAAGAAAAAAUUAUUAGAGCUUCACUUAUCAAAUAUAGUAUUAUUAAAAGAUGA